AGUGUUUCCGGUUGUGUCGCUUAGAUCGUGGAUCAGCUGCUGGUGACCAAUCCCUCUCCACCUCACACUUACAUCUCCUCCUCGAUAGUAUCUCUGAACACACUCACCUCUCAGUGACAUCUCCUCCGCCUGCCUGACAGGGAGACUCCUUCUUUUAAACAUUCCCCUGACACGUUAAUACCCUCAGUGUUAGCUUCCAGAGAGACACGGUUAAAGAAAAGGAAAGUCACCCUUUGAGGAGAAUGUCAGAUUUCGACAGCAACCCGUUCGCGGACCCGGAGAUCAGCCACCCGUUCCAGGAUCCAUCAGUGACACAAGUGAGGCAAGCGGCUCCUCCGGGGCUGGAGGAGUACAAUCCCUUCACAGAUGGCAAACAAACGCCUGCAGCUAUGGCACCCAAAACUACAGCACCCACCAUUAACACACAACCUGCCAUCAUGAAACCCACAGAGGAACCUCCAGCCUACUCGCAGUCUCAGGCACAGGAUCAGUCUCGAGGAGCUGCUGAGCUGCUGAGGAGACAGGAGGAGCUGGAGAGGAAGGCGGCAGAGCUGGACCGUCGGGAGAGAGAGAUGCAGUCUCUGAGUGCUUCAGGAGGCAGGAAAAACAACUGGCCCCCUCUCCCCGAGAACCUCCCUGUGGGCCCCUGUUUCUACCACGACAUCACCGUGGACAUCCCCGUAGAGUUUCAGAAGACAGUCAAGAUCAUGUAUUACCUCUGGAUGUUUCACACCGGGACGCUGCUCGCUAACAUGAUUGGCUGCCUGGCCUGGUUCUGCGUGGACGCGUCACGAGGCGUGGACUUUGGUUUGUCCAUCCUCUGGUUCAUGCUCUUCACGCCGUGUUCGUUCGUCUGCUGGUACAGACCGCUCUACGGAGCGUUCAGGAGUGACAGCUCCUUCAGGUUCUUUGUGUUCUUCUUCGUGUACAUCUGUCAGUUUGGGAUCUACGUCAUCCAGUGUAUCGGCAUCAGCGGUUGGGGCGCAUGCGGAUGGAUCUCAGCUCUGACCGGCCUGAAUGCGAGCAUCCCAGUGGGCAUCAUAAUGAUCCUGAUUGCUGCGCUCUUCACCGCUCUGGCGGUCAUGUCGCUCAUCAUGUUCAAAAAGGUCCAUGGGACGUACAGAACCACAGGGGCCAGCUUCGAGCGAGCCCAGCAGGAGUUCGCCACGGGCGUCAUGUCCAACAAGACAGUCCAGACGGCGGCUGCCACCGCCGCCUCCAGGGCUGCACAGGGGGCCGCACAGGGGGGCUUCAAAGAGCAGAUCUGAUCGGUUUCAGAGAGCUCACUCAUCUCUCCGUCCAACCCUCAACCUUCCUCUUCAUCAUCAUCAUCUUCUUCAUCAUCGUUGAACACGUGGAGAUUCCCCCAGCCUUCUGACAAUGAUUCAGUGAGAACAAUCAAACAGGAUCUCACGUCUUUGGGACUCCUUCUUCUCCCCGGCAACAUGGUUCACUCUCAUCACAGACUCUGAGACACCUCGCGUACGCUGCACUCCUUUCUACCACUCAACCAGCGUGCUCCAGUUACCUUCUCUGUGUGAGUUUUAAUGUGUGUGUGAGAGUGUGUGUGAACGUCUGUGUGCCUCUCUAAACGUCCCGUCUGCUGUCUGUUGACAGAUUCUCGUGUAGCUGAACCAAGUCCAUCUUUCUAAACUUAAACGGGCAUUUCCCCCUCGCCGUCCGCCGUCUGUGUGUCUGCGCCUUUCUUUAAAACUAAUCACCACUCUUUAUUCAAAACUAGCUUAUGAUUGAACAAGUAGAAGUAAUAACACUAGUAAUCAAACAUGUAAGCUGCAACCUCCUGAUUUCUCUCUGCUGACUGCCACGAGUACAUGGCUGAACACUGCUGCCCCCUGGUGGAGGGAUUGAGUACUGCUGAAGAUGAAUGCUGUGCAUUCCAGCUCACUGCUUUGCCUUCUUUCUUCUUUCUGUGUGUAUUCAUGCUUUAUUAAUUUGAAAUCUCACCCAAAACCUACAACUUACCCAUGUAGACCUUGAUCGUGUUUAUCCUUCCUUUUAUUCCCACCAGAGAGACGUGAAAUUUAGAAAGAGAGAACCCAAUUUAUAUCUGUCCUUUAAAGCUUUGAGAGGAGUUUGGCUUUAGGGAUGGAAACCGCUUCCAGUCAGUCACUUUAGUCCAGACGGACUGGAUUGAGCAUGCACUGAUUUAUCGGUCUAACAUCAGUAUCGGCCGAUACGUGCCCUUUUGACUGACAUCAGCCAAUCGGGAGCAAGUAUACCUGACUGCUAAUCCAGAGAAGGGUGUUUUAUUUGGCACAAGAAGUCAGCUGCCAAUCGGCUGCCUGAAUUUUGUCUAAGGGGGAAGGGUGCAGACAAAUGCAGAGGCGGAAAAACACCAAAACAAAAUAGGCGAGCGCUCCAGAAGAACCUGUGCUACAACACUUCACAUAUGAUUGAGAAUCUGACCCGGAACAAGAGGAGGGGAUUGAAGUGUGGCAGCAAAAAAGUUACGUGGUCAGCCCUCGUAGUGGAAUCGGAUGCCUGAAUGUGGUCUAAGGGGAAAGGGUGUGGAGAAAUGCAGAGGCGGAAAAACACAGAAAACAAAAUUGGCGAGCGCUCCAGAAGAACUGGUGCUACAACACUUCACAUAUGAUUCAGAAUCUGACCCUGAACAAGAGGUGGGGAUUGAAGUGUUGCAGCCGCAUUUAAGGUAGCAUGUGUCCAAGUAGUAGGGUAGGGCACACACAGCUUAUGUGUGCAAGUCUACGUAGUCGGUCCUCGCAGAUUAAGCAGUCUAAUAAGAAGAAUUAAAAAGCAACCCCUGUUCUCUUUGGUCAUCUGGUGCUGGGGCAGAUUCUAGAUCUUUAUGUUGUUUUUCUGCAACCAAUAACAAAGCUCUCAUCAAUAGCAGCUGCUGUGUCUGGCUCUAACCCCUGAGACCCUGACUCUGCAAAACCACAACAACGUAGCGGAAAGCUGAAUCGCUCGAGGACUGGAAGUGGUUUUGCAUGCACGUCUACGCUAAUCUCUCGCUUUUCACUUCCACAUUGUCAGGGUUGCAAGACUGAAGUAUACAUCUAAAGGUAAACAUGCACCUACGCUGGGCGGCUUUAUGCUAGCAAUGGAAAUGUGAACAUCUCUAAUGUUGAUGUUGUUACUUUAACUGACUAACGUAGAUUUAUGGAUGAACUUCCUGUUGAUACACUAAUUGACUGAUCAGUUAAUCAGCUCAUCGUAUAUCUUUGAUUUAAUUUUUUCCAUCUUCUGUAAAAGCACAUCGCCGUUUUAAUCCACUGAGCUCUUCAACAGCUCUCUCUCUCGCCCGCCAGCAGUGACUUUUUUUAUUUAGAUGAACCGAACGCUCUGAAAAGUUUGCCUCCUCGCCCAGAAGUCCUUUUGCCUUCAUAGUUAAUUCAAGUUGCACUUUAAACUCAUGUUUCGACUCUCGGUCUGCAUGGUGAGACCGGAGCAAACAUCAGAAUACGGAUAACGACGACUCCCUCCUUCCUGCUGUUGAUUGUUAAAGUGAAUUCAUCCACUCACCAGCUGAGUUUGGCAGAGUUUUCACAUGAAGCCUGAACAUUUCCGCUCAUUCAACCCCCCGGGUCAUGACUCUGCGCACUAACACUAGUCUGUACAUACGUCUGCAUGUUUAUACAGGUGACCUGAAGAGGACGGCGUCACUCGUCUCCAGCUCUUCUCUGAGAGACUUACCUCAGUUUUUACUCAGGAUCUACUCUUCACAUGCAUGACGACAAACAGAGAUAUUUAAAGAUUGUAUGAAAACAAACACUGACUGGCUCUGCUGUUUUUAAAAAAAGAUGUGCUUUAAAUGGAUUUAUGGGCCGGUGUUGUAGAUAGAAGCGCCUGCUGCGUAUUGUGGAUUGACGAUCACUGAACUCCAGCAACAUCAUCAGAUCUCUGAAUGUGUCUCUCUGAUUACCUUCUGUUGCUUCGACGGAGCUGCAAACUGUUCGAUUGUGUCUGUGUCUCAUGUUAAAGCCAGUUAAGCCUUUUGUAUGUGUGUUGUGUGUGUGUGUGAGCGUGUGUGUGUGUGAGGACAUUCAGCCUUUAAAAAGUCUUAAGUCUGACUGUGGGUCCUUCUUUUAAACUGUCCUGCCUUAUUUCGCUCCUCUUCUAUCCCUCCCCCUCUUUGCUUUGGACCGGUGCAUGUGUAUUUACGAGGACACGUGUGUGCAAAGCGUCAUGAGAUUAUCCCGUACAAAGAACCCGACUGGACUGGAGUGGCACUUGCUGUUAUUUAAUCAAAAGGAAGGCGUCGGACUGCAUUUCAAUGUGAACUGUGUGCUGUACUGUAGAUGGACUGUGGCUUUAAGCGUCAUAAUCAACAUGGUCUGUGGUAGAACACACUGGGAUUUAAUGAAGAAUAUCAAACGCAUCUCAAAGUGUAAGAUUUAAAAUGAAUCGACUGGAACAGAAGAGAAGUUUGAGAUGUUUGUAUAUUUUGUACGAUUCACAGACGGUCGGCUCCUCGCUCUAAAUUUGGCUGUGAUUUUAAGUUGCACUCUGGUUUCACCUUCAGCCGCAUGUUGAGUAGUUUGAGUUUUGUAUAUUUAUUGUAUUAACACUGAAUAAAAAUCUUCUUCUGUA